AUGUUUGGACGAAAUAAGAUGUCGCGCGGCGCAUUUCUCGGAGAGCUUCCCACAUGGGAGAGCAUUGAGGACACGGCAAACCCAUCUGGCUCGGGCGGCCGGAUCGGCGACGCGGCGGUGUCGGCCGAUUACCGAGUCGCGGUGUUUGGUGCUGGAGGCGUCGGUAAAUCGUCGAUUGUUCAACGAUUUGUUAAAGGAACAUUCUCAGAGAAUUAUGUGCCAACUAUUGAGGACACCUAUAGACAGGUGAUCAUUCGGUUGAUUGCCCGGGAGCAUUUCUGUUUAGGAGGGCGAAAGCGACAAGCACGAACAGCCAAUUGCAUUGCCGUUUCCGUCGCUGACGAGGCGACAGAACUUUUAUUCAAUUUCUACGUCGACUACGAGAGCAAA